GAUCGGCGCAGUGACAGUGACAGUCCGAGGUGAACACGAGCCGCCUAUCAGAGGAGAUAUGAGGGGGAAAGUGUGUGUGUAAGCGCCAGUCGGGGAGUGGGCUCUCAGUCUGAGGCUUGGGUCGGACAUAUGAGUGCGAUGCCGAACAAAACAAAAAAGGACAAGGAAUCACCGAAGUCUGGAAAAGUCAGUAAAACUGCAGGACAAGAAAAUUCAGAUCAUGAGGGAUCUAACAGGAAAGGCAGCAAUAGUGCGCCGCCCACCACACAGAUGCUGAAGGGGAAACAGUCCGGGACUCAAGCUCCUGUCAAAAAGGAGAAAAGGCAAAGCUCCUCUCGCUUUAGCCUCAGCAAUAACCGGGAGCUUCAGAAACUGCCUGCUUUCAAAGAUGUGCCCCCAGCGGAGCAGGAGAAUUUGUUUGUGCAGAAGCUGCGCCAGUGCUGCGUACUCUUUGACUUUGUAUCUGACCCUCUGAGUGACCUGAAAUGGAAGGAGGUAAAGCGGGCGGCGCUCAGCGAGAUGGUUGAAUACAUCACGCAUAACCGGAAUGUCAUUACAGAACCCAUCUACCCAGAGGUGGUGCACAUGUUUGCAAUCAACAUGUUCAGGACAUUACCGCCCUCAUCCAACCCAACUGGGGCAGAAUUUGACCCAGAGGAGGAUGAGCCCACAUUAGAGGCUGCCUGGCCACACUUACAGCUCGUCUAUGAAUUCUUCCUUCGGUUUUUAGAGUCUUCAGACUUCCAACCAAACAUAGCCAAAAAGUACAUCGACCAGAGAUUUGUCAUGCAGCUCUUAGAACUCUUUGACAGUGAAGACCCUCGAGAAAGAGACUUCUUGAAAACCACUCUGCAUCGCAUUUAUGGCAAAUUUUUGGGUCUUAGAGCAUACAUCAGGAAGCAGAUUAAUAACAUAUUCUAUAGGUUCAUUUAUGAAACAGAACAUCACAAUGGAAUAGCAGAGUUACUUGAAAUAUUAGGAAGCAUAAUCAACGGGUUUGCCUUACCACUGAAAGAAGAGCACAAGAUAUUCUUAUUGAAGGUUUUGUUGCCUUUGCAUAAAGUCAAGUCUCUCAGUGUUUACCACCCACAGCUGGCAUACUGUGUGGUACAGUUCUUAGAGAAGGACAGCACCCUCACUGAGCCGGUUGUCAUGGCUCUUCUGAAGUACUGGCCGAAGACCCACAGCCCAAAGGAGGUGAUGUUCCUUAAUGAACUUGAGGAGAUCCUGGAUGUGAUUGAGCCCUCUGAGUUUGUCAAAGUCAUGGAGCCUCUCUUCAGGCAGCUGGCAAAAUGUGUCUCCAGUCCCCACUUUCAGGUUGCAGAGCGGGCCCUGUAUUACUGGAACAAUGAGUACAUCAUGAGUCUGAUCAGUGACAAUGCAGCCAGAAUCCUGCCCAUCAUGUUUCCGUCUCUCUACCGCAAUUCCAAAACCCACUGGAACAAGACAAUCCAUGGUUUAAUCUACAAUGCUUUAAAGCUCUUUAUGGAGAUGAAUCAAAAACUCUUUGAUGAUUGCACACAGCAGUUCAGAGCAGAGAAAAACAAAGAGAAGCUAAAGUGGAAAGAGCGUGAGGAAGCCUGGAUAAAGAUAGAAAACCUCGCCAAGUCAAACCCCCAGUUCCUCCUGUAUAUUGACUCAACCAGCUUGAGUAGCCCAAUGGAGAUUGAAACAGAUGGCGUAGGAAUGGAUGAUGUUUCAGUACUCAAAAAGACGGUAGAAGAAGAAGCUGUACAGAUCCAGAGGGAGCAGCGAAAAGAACGGCCACUAAUGCGUCGUAAAUCGGAGCUUCCUCAUGAUAUGUCCACAGUAAAGGCCCUGGAAGGCCACCGGCGUGCGGAGGACAUGAUAACCACCCGGGAUGGCCACUAAAGGAGCAAAGCAGCUCAGAGGCAAAGGCCGAGAACAGCGCGCCCAGUGCACAGCAGCAGAGGCAGCAGCAGCACAGGAUGGCCUGGUGUGACUCGGAAACCUGGACACACACUUAGCUCUGCUCCCAUAAAGAGCCACAGUGACCCUCCCUCGGCCAGUGCCCCUACGCUGGAGUUUUUAUUUUAGACCUUCUCAGGUGUACUUUUUCGUUAUUUUUGUGGGUUUUUUUUUUUUCCACAAAUCUCUCCCUUUCUUGUUACAUACAUCUGCACUGACUUUCCCCCUACCCAUCACUUACCAUUAAUCGUCAUUAAAAGAGUAGGUGCUAGGGCAAAAAAAAAUAAACCAUGAACGGGUCAUUUUCAGCACAGGAGCACUUGCAGUUUGACUGCUGACCAUUUGUGUUUUAAUUGAGCAAAGCCUUUCGCCCCACAUGAAGAUGGGAGAGUGCAGAUUCUAAAUGAAAAUGUGUAUACAUCUUUAACUUUUUUUUUCUCUCAGAUGCUAGGACAUAGCUGCUAUUGCCUCCAGCUUUGUGCCUCAGACUGGUUGUUUGUCAGUUUAUGUGUGAUGUUUGUUUUGUGUGUUAUCUGGUCCAGCAAUGGGGACUGUCAGCCAAGUGUCACUGUUCGGCAAAAGGAGCAAGAUUCACGUUAUAUAUUUUAAUGUUAAAAUCAGUUUGCCAGACUAUUGGAAGCACCUAACCUUGAUGGAUAUCUAAAGGAAAAGAUUCCACUGUAGAAAUUAGGUCUUGUGCCAAUUUAUUUUGUUGUAAUAUAUUUUUAGAUGCUAUUCAGUACACCUGGCUAUAGGUUCACCCAGCCUGUAUGGAUGUUCAAACAAUGGUAAAUAAUUGUUUUGCUUCCAUGUUUCAUCGACUGUGAUGGCGGUUUCAAGGAGUACCUUACAAUGAAAGAACUGCCUGGAACUGUCUUCAUGGUGAGAAAGCUCCUAGGCUUUUAUUCUACACAGUGUUGUACAGUAUUUUGGCUGAUUUCUUUUAUUUUGCAUUAUCCAUUUUGCUAGGUCGUAACUAAGUGUUUACUCUAAUUGACCUGAAACAGCCCGUGCGUUCAUAUCCACUGACUUACAGUUUAUGGAUAUGUAGAAACACCACUUGUUAAAAAAAAAAAAAAAAAAAAAGUCAAACGAAGUGUUUAUUUACACCGAGUGCCUUGUAGCUGAUUGACAACCUUGGUGAAAUAAUGUAAGAUAAGCAAAUAUUAAGGCCAAAUGUUUUCUAAUUUAAGAUUUUCUGUUACAAAAUAUCUCCAGAUUAGUUAAUGGAGAUUAGUUAAUUAAGAGUAAUAUCCAGUGACCUUUGGUAAAAUGUGCACUGUGGGUCGAAUUAGGCCACCUGACCAGUGGCUGAAGGAGUCACUAUGUGACUCUGAGUUGGGCGAUAAUCUAAUGAACUGUGGCGACCAGGCCACGUUUGCCUAGUGUGGUCUAUAUUGUGAGUUCAAAAGACUUUGAUGCGUUUCCUUUUUUUUUUUCUUCUUCUUUUUUAAGUUAGGUUAAAAACCUGGGCCAUUGUUUGAACUUCCAUUAGGUGCUGAGGAGAGGCUCAUAACAUUCUGGGGGUCUUGUAUGUCUUUGGGAAUUGUUCUAUAAUGACAAAGUAUUUUUGUUUUUUCUUUUUUGCUUGCAUUAGCUUGUUCGAAUUGAAUGUGCAAGUUUGUAAAUAGGACUACAGUGAUCAGUCUUUUUAAUUGUCAAAAUAGCAAUCACCAAUUAUUUGUUCCAUAUUUCUGGUAUGUUCAGCCGUUUCUAAAGGCUAAUGCAUUUUCCCCCCUCAACCAUCUAUAUUCUAGUGCUCUGCAAGAGGUAAGUAGUGUAUUAGAGCACUACUACAGUGUGUGUGUGUGUGUGUGCGUCAUCCUUUCCUCUGCACACCAGAGCUUGUUUUCAGCAUUAAAUGGCUUUAAAUGAACAUCUCUGGAGGCUUUUUCUCUUGAUGAAACCACCAUUGUAAAGUGUCCUUUAGUAUGCACCCCUGCUCCAUGGCUUCAUUUAAUAUUGUACAUAUUAUGUACUAUUAUUUUAUCUUCUAUCUAUUAUUAAAUGGUAGAUCUCUUACUUUGUACAAAUUCUCAUGUACAGAUGAAAACGUUAUUAGCAACUACAGUACAUACAGUCGAUAAAGUGGCACAAACAUCUGUACAUGUUGCUAUUUGCAUUAGAAAUGUUUAGAGUUUAAAUGCUAUUUUUAUCAAUUUGUAAUUCAGAACUUUUUAUUUCCGAAUUCUGUCAUCUGUGAUGCGAUCUGUCAUACGUUAGCCUUCGUGUGUGCUCUUAACCAUUCUCAACUGGUGUACAUCUAUAGUAAAUAAAGAAAAUUGGUGAGUUUUAUAUUUUCA